AUGAAACUGGUACCUGUUGUCUUUUUGGCAGGGCCCACGCCUAUUGCCACAACUGGCAAGGCCCCAGAGGUCCCACAGCCCAUUGCUGGUGGAAUUAUUCAGCCAAGUGCUGGAACAAGCGUUGGUGGAGCAGGUGUUGCACCCUCUGGUGUUGCACCCGGAGUCCCACAACCUGGAGGUAUUGGCGUUGGUGUUGGCACAGGGGGCAAACCACCUAAACCAAUCUUACCAGUUCCUUAUGGUGCUGGUACCGGCCCUGGAAUCGGAGCGGGAACGCUGCCUGGAGCGAAACCUUUGAAACCUCCAGCAGUGGGUGGAGGAGGAAUCCCACUGGCAGCAGGAGGUGGGUACCCUACUGGUGUUGGACUGGGAGGUGCUGGUGGCGGCGCUAAAGCACCCAAACCAGGCUAUGGCAAUCUUGGAGGUGGCGGUGGAUAUCAGCCAGGUGCAGCUCCUGUCGUUCCUGGUUAUGGAGGAGGUUACCCCCAACAGUACUACCCAGGUGGAUAUGUACCAGCCCCACUGACUCCUCAACAAGCCAAAGCAGCCAAGUAUGGUCCAUUGCAGAGCUUCCUCGGUGGUGGAGGAGGAGGGGCUUAUAGAGGUGGAGUCGCAGGAUGCCAGGGAAAAUACUGUGGGAGGAGGAAGUAGAUGAUCUCUUGAGACAGUGUGACCUCAAGAAACCAUGGUGCUACUGCAUGAUCUAGAAUGUACAUUUUAUAUGCGAAUAAAUCCCCAUUAGACAACAUGUAAAGCCCAUUUUUUAAUUACUUGCUUUAUUUCAAUGUCUGUUUUUAUACAAACCCACCGAUCAAGAAUUUUGUACACGUUCGGACAUGACAUUUGUUAUUGAUAGUGCCUUUAGUCAUUACUGUUAAUUGGCUUUAAUUCCCCCUUACUGCACCAGCCUACUUAAAAGUGUGUGUUUUUGUCACCAUGUGUUGCUUGUUGUUGUGCAUAAAUGUGUGCUGUGUGUGCGUGUGGUUUGCGCAUGUGGUUGUACUGUUGUGCAAAGGACUGUCUGAACCAUCGGCUGCCAAUGUGACCUUUUGAAUGAUUUCCAUUUCUAUUUAAUCCUAAAGCAAGGUGACCUGUCCUCACACUGUCUCACCUCACUGUGUAGAGCCUGUCACCUCUCUGACCUGCAAGAUGGGCUCGGGUUGGUCGAGGCCUGUCCGAAAACGGAUGAAAUCCGACCAAUCUCAGCAUCGUCUAUGCAUCUCCGUCUUCUCUGCUGCUAUUUUUAGGUCUGCUGGGUAUAAAGCAGCGGGAUUCGGGGCUCCGGCCGACCCAUCUGCUCUCAGUAAUUUUGCUGAUUCUAGUUGCUAUGCAGUUCAGUUUUCUCAGCAUUUUUUAUGUUGCCAAACGUGCGAUUUAUGAAGAGCAGCCUCUGUUCUGAUGGUAGCUGAAGACAAUCAAAAAGUGUUUGAUUCAGUAAAGGAGGUUUCAAAAACAGUGUUGCCAUUUUUUGCUUUUAGCUCCAGGUAGAUUAGAUAUCAUUCAUGUACAUUAUGUAUGUGUGAUUAUGUGUCACUGUCCAAAGGUGCUCAAUUGUUUAGUCUUAUUUCAACAGUUAUUUACUUGUAUGUAACUUGUCAUUACGUGAUUAUUCAAGCUUUUUUUGCACCAUGCUUUGACUCAUAGCUUUAUUGUUAUCAGGAAUGUGUGAACAUACAACAAAAACAAUCCUUUGCUUUUGCAUUUAUUCACUGUAAUACAGUAGUACAAUUGUAAUACAGAAAAUGUUUGAUGGGUGAGCCUAUGUGUUUAGUUUCAUAUGAGGCAAAAGCCCCCGUUGUUCUUUAUUUACUUGAGCUGCUUUUAAAAAGGCUUUACUGACCAAAGGUUCAUGAGCACUGUCGCCAAGUGAUCCCAUCUCUUUCUGUAAUUGUGUACUGUAUUUUGUACUAAUUUGGUGUUAGCUGGCUUCAGUUCCACCACUCGGUGCUGUGUGCGAACUAUAUUUGAGCCUCACGGGGUCAGACCUUGUCUUAUGUGCCGUGGGAUACUCUUCAUCUUUAUUUAAAACUGUUUUUUAUAAGGAGGAACAGUGUGGUUUUGCACUUUUUAUAUUUCCACGACAAACAUGUGACUUGUUCGCGGACAUCCUGGCUUUUUUAUUUGCUUCAUUAAAUAACAGAAUAAAAUGUGUU